AUGUGCCUUUUCACGUUCCACCACUACCCACUCUGUGGGCACAUUGCAAAUUGGACAGUGAGCAGCUGCCAAGCUUAUACCACCACCCUGCGCAUGUUGAGCCACCAAGGUAUGUUUGAAUGCUGCGACAACAUUCACUCUGACCAUGAUGUUCUUUUCUCGCUCGACAGUGCCGACUGCAGUCAGUGCAGAUUACUGGCGGAUUCUGAGUCCACCGCGGAGGAUUCUCAUGCUCAUCAUGAAUACUUGGAAAUUGAGGGUUUGAAUUCACCCAAUCCGGUCCUCGACCUCUUUGGUUGCUUGAGCGUUCCUGAUCGGCAACACAUAGUGUGCCCUCGGUCGACUCCAAUGGAUGAUCUGACUCCAAUCGCCGACAAAUACACUUCAUUCCGACUGACAAAGACAUGCGAUGACCCCCACAACUGCUGCCAGAGAGCACCUGGACACGCUGUCACCGGUUGUCCCUCCGAAUACGUAGACGAGUCUAGCCCCAACCCCGCGUCUCCUCGCAAAGAGACCUUUGAUUUCAUGCUCCGUGAACUGUUGGCAGACGAAGCUGCCUUUGCUGAUUCAUGGGAUGUUCUCCACAAGAAAUCCUCGGCCGAGGAUAUUUGCCCUUCCGCGACUCAGGUAGGUGCGCGAAGAUCCCGCAAUGCUUUGUGCGGUGCUAUCUCAAGACUCACCCAGGAAAUUCAUGACGGCGGGAGAGAUCACCACCGCACUAGUCCUCCCUCUGGGAGCGACUUUGACCUGUCAGAUGAGUCAUCCGUUGAUGCGGAUAGCUUGUUUGCAAAAAUGUGCUUGAAAGAACCAUACACAAAGGCAGAAUUUCAAAAAGAUCAAUCGUCGGCUUCAUUCGAGCACGAAAAUCCUGCUGUGACUAACCAUGGGACUGAAUCUCGAUAUCUGACGGCGCCAGGCUCCUGUGACGAAGAAUCCUUUUCGGAUGGCUUUUCAUGCAGAAUGAGUCGUGUUUUUUCACCAGCCGCGUGUUCGACGGGUCACUUGCUUCCCUCGCCAUCGUCGAGUCUCUUGCAUCAUCGGGAGAGCCCGUCAUCUGAAUCGAUCCUGUGUCCGGCACCACUGAGAAUCACGAGGCCUCGUCGAUUUGUUAGCCUCGAGUCUCCAGUUCUCGAGCAAGCUAUCCAGGAGCUGUCGACGGUGAAGAAGAGUUUCCCGUUCGGCCAUGACAGCUGCCGCUUGACGAGUCAGAGGUCAAUUUGGACGAAGCUGAAGAAUUUCCUGAUGAGCAGGUAA